AGGAGAGCAUAUUUUCAGCUUCGGUGCAAGGCAACCCGCAGGUAGAAACCGGAGGAAAUGAAAGCCAGGCGAAGAACAGGAGGCGAGGAGGCCUUGAUGUAGAUGCAAAAUGGGCUUCCUGUUUCACCACCACCACAGGAAGUGGUGGGCAGAGGCACCAAGAUACGCACGCAGCAGACAUUCCUGCCCUGUCUCAUCGCUUCAGCGAGAGACCCAUUAUGGAUAAAGAUUACGUCGGCUUCGCUACGUUGCCCACCCAGGUCCACAGGAAAACCGUGAAGAAGGGUUUUGACUUCACGCUGAUGGUAGCAGGAGAAUCUGGCCUGGGAAAAUCUACUCUCAUCAACAGCCUUUUCUUGACUGAUCUCUAUAAGGACCGAGUGCUUCCAGAUGCGCAAGCCAGGAUCCCCCAGACUCUGGAGAUUGUCAAACAUGCAGUAGAUAUUGAGGAACAAGGAGUGAAAGUCAAGCUGACAGUGAUUGAUACUCCAGGACUUGGGGAUGCAAUAGACAAUACGGAGUGCUGGAAACCAAUUACCGAUUAUAUUGACGGGCAGUUUGAACAGUAUUUUCGGGAUGAGAGCGGCCUUGAUCGCAAAAAUAUUCAGGAUGGCCGUGUUCAUUGCUGCCUCUACGUCCUCUCGCCUUUUGGACACGGGCUCCGCCCCCUGGAUAUAGAAUUUCUCCGAGCCAUCCAUGACAAAGUCAGCAUUCUGCCUGUGAUUGGAAAAGCGGAUUGUUUGACACCGAAAGAAGUCCAGCACAAGAAAGAAAAGAUUCGGCAGGAGUUAGAAGCCAACAGCAUCUGCAUUUAUGAAUUUCCUGAGUGUGACUCUGAUGAAGAUGAAGCGUUCAAAGCUCAAGAUGCUGAAAUGAAGAGAAGCAUCCCUUUUGCUGUCGUUGGAUCUAGCCAUGUGGUCAGAGAGUUAAAGGGCAAAGGAUUUCGGGGAAGAGAGUAUGCUUGGGGAACGGUGGAAGUGGAGAACGCUGCUCAUUGCGACUUCCUCAAACUUCGGAACAUGUUGAUUCAAACUCAUAUGCAGGACCUGAAGGAUGUGACUCACGAGGUUCAUUACGAAAAUUACCGCGCACAGUACAUUCAGAGUCUCACCAGAUCCGGGGCUCGGGAUCGCAGUAGCCGCGCGAAACUGUCACGCCAGAGUGCCACUGACCUGCCUGUCCUGCCGAUGUUUGAGACAGAGAAAUUAAUUCGCGAGAAGGAUGAAGAGCUCCGUCGGAUGCAGGAAAUGUUACGGAAAAUGCAGGAGCAGAUGCUGCAGAACAAGGGAGAACAAUGCGACAGCUUGUGAAAAAAGCCUCUUUUUCCAAGAAUCAGAGGAAUCCACGAAGGGAGAUUGGCUGAUCUUUGGGUCAGAGGAGCCCACCAGCUUUGGAAAAUGGCCAGGUUAGCUCUGCCAGGUGAACUCUGCAUUUGGAGAAGUGGGAAAGGGGGAUUCCUUCCCUUCAUUCCUCUAUCUCCUUCUUUCACAGACCUCUUUUCCCAUCCAUUAAUAGGAAAUACUCACUUGCCAGCCUAGUAGUGCUUCAACAAUCCAAAACUCUCCAA